AUGCGCCACCGCCUGCCGGCCUGGCCCAAUGGCAGGAAGCGUUGUUGAGGGGUGACGGGAAGAAGGCGUUGUUGAGGCACCGCCCCUUCCCUUUCGCCGUCGGACCGCCAUCGCGAGCGCACGUCCCGGGCCUGUCUCCUGCGUCGCCGCCUCCUCCCAAGAUGCGUUACGUCGCAGCUUACCUUCUAGCGGUCCUUGGUGGCAAUGAGUCUCCCACGUCAAAGGACUUGAAAAAGAUCCUCGACAGUGUCGGCAUUGAGACAGAUGAUGAACGCAUGAACAAGGUUAUUAGUGAGCUGAAUGGAAAAAACAUCGAGGAUGUCAUUGCUCAGGGUAAUGGAAAACUUGCCAGCAUGCCAGCUGGGGGAGCUGUGGCAGUCUCUGCUGGAGGGGGCUCUGCUGCUCCUGCUGCAGCUGCUGCCCCUGCUGCUGCUGAGGAGAAGAAAGAAGAGAAGAAGGAGGAAUCUGAAGAAUCUGAUGAUGACAUGGGAUUCGGCCUGUUUGAUUAAUUAUUUGUUAUAGAGAAAUUAUUAAAAUACUUUGUUUUAAA